AUGUUCAUGUUAGCUGAACUCGAUUGGGAGCCCUUCGCUCUUAAUCACACCAUUGCUGACCACGUCAAUGCCCCUCUCCAGUUGAUCUCCCCAUCGGCCCCGGAAUUUGCUUUAGUUACGUCGUCUGCCAGGGACCAACACGACAUGGCUUGGUGCUCUAUUGGCCAGCGCAUUCAAACGGCCGAAGAAGAACGUCGUGAUUACGCUCUUGAGGUUGCAGCAAUUGAAGCCGACCGUCGUGACACUGCCCGUCGUGAAUCGGGCCGCUACGACUCUGACCAUCAUGACUCCGACCGUCGUCCUGAAGGCACUCCUCCGCUUCGCGCGGACGAUCUCUUGACCCAGUUCGGCAAGCUCACGGAAACGUUGACCAAGUCCGUCUCCCGUCCAUCCAAGAAAGAUGAAGAACACGAAGAAUACUCCCAGGAAAUCAUUCGUCGAUUCUCGAUCAUGUAUGGUUCUGUCAUGAUCAACCCCCAUGAUGAUGGCCAGGAUUUCUUCCGCCCCGCUCUCCUAACCGGUACGGGCCUUACCCAAAUCCAGCGCAUCAAGGCGGCAGGGGCUGCUCGCACGUUCAAGGAACAAGUUGCUGCUGCUACGGAAAAAGCUGGUGCUAGCACAAAUUACUUGGAUGCCCAAGUUACGUUUACUCCAGCUCAAGCCAACUUCGCAUUGUCUGAGACAUACCGUAACUACAAUGUUGUCACGGACCCUGUUUCUAGCUCGACUGAGUCCGUUAAGCAGCAACGUUCUAUCUUCAACUUCUUAUCCCCCGACAUCUCCAACCCCACUUACAAGGAGCUUGAAUCUAGUGGUUUCCUCAUGGCCCGCAACUUUGAUGAAACCAACAAGAAAGAGGCGGCCCUUCCUCCAAAAGCCAAUGUAUUGUAUCUUGGCGGCCAAAUCCGCACGAUUGCCCAUGUUAUUGAGGCUGUUUGCAACAUGCGUUGCGUUGAUAGCUCCUUCAUUGAAGAGAUUGAUGAUAGUGCCCUCAUGACACACUUGCGCAACUACCUACUUGUCCUACGAACAAUGGAAGCACGAAAUUGGAUUGCUAACCACCAGAACCUUCCCCAGUUUCCCAUCAACGUUGCUUGUGACAUCCACACUAUCAUUUCAGCUUUUGCUGUCCUUGGUACACGAACAGAGUACAUCCGUGCCUUGAAGUUCGAUGGCACCAUUAGUCCCAAGGUUUAUGAUUCUGCCAACCAAGUUGCCAACUCCAUCAUCCGCUCCCUUCAAGUCUCGAUUCAGAGGGGUACUAGCAAUGACUACCGCAUGCACCCUAUCAUCAUGACUCUGUUCCAACGCCAAGCUCAGUCUCCUGACGCUUCUGGUCGAUCUGCCCGUUCCCCUUUGCCAAAGCGUCAACGUAUGUCGUCUACGGACUCCCCCCAUACCCCUGGCCAGUCCAAUCCAGAAGCGAAUAAGAGGAAGGGCAUCCUCUUAUACUCGGGUCCCCAAGCCCGCUCCCCGCCGUCCUGCAACGUCUUUGCCCGGUCACCGGGCAGUCCUCGGAUGAACGACUUUGCCUCCCGUUCAUGUGCCAAGGCUUUGCGUGCACCCGGGUGGGCUGCAAGCGGGUCCAUAUUUCGGCCCUCAGCAAGCUCCCUGCCGACAAGCAGGCCCAGCUGA